AUGCGCUCUUUCAUUGCAAUCAUAGCUUUACUGGCUGGUAUUACUCAGGCCGCACCCCAUCACCAGGGCCACAAGGAUUACAAUCUCAAUGCCCUCGCUCAAGCUCGCGGUCAACAAUGGUUCGGAACCGCGGCUGAUAUUCCGAAAACGGGCGAGACGAACGAUGCUGCGUACCUGAAGAUUCUGAAGAAUCAGUUCGGUGAAAUAACUCCGGCUAAUGCACUCAAGUUCAUGUACACAGAGCAAGAGCAAGAUAAGUUCAACUUCACCGAUGGAGAUUAUUUCAUGGACUUAGCCGAGCGAUUUGGCUCCAAAGUCCGCUGUCACAAUUUGGUCUGGAUGAGUCAGGUUUCAGAUUUCGUGACCACCAAGACCUGGACCGCCAAGGAGCUCACGGCAGUUAUGAAGAAUCACAUCUUCAAGACCGUCCAGCACUUUGGCAAGCAGUGCGCCUCAUGGGAUGUUGUCAAUGAAGCCAUCAACGGAGAUGGUACUUUCUCCUCGAGUGUCUGGUACGACACCAUCGGCGAGGAAUACUUCUACCUCGCCUUCCAGUAUGCGCAGCAGGCUCUGGCCCAGAUCGGCGCACACAAGGUUCAACUUUACUACAAUGACUACGGCAUUGAGAACCCUGGUCCCAAGGCAGAUGCCGUCCUGAAGCUUGUUAAGAACCUGCGCAAACGUGGAAUUCGCAUUGAUGGUGUCGGCCUUGAGUCUCAUUUUAUUGUCGGCCAGACACCCUCGCUUGCUGAUCAGCUCGCUACUAAGAGGGCGUAUAUCAAGGCUGAUUUGGAUGUUGUCGUCACCGAACUUGAUAUUCGGUUCUCGAAGGAGCCUUACUAUACUGCCGAGGUCCAGAAACAACAAGCUUCGGACUACUAUGUCACUGUCCAAAGCUGUCUCCAGGCGGGACGUCGCUGUCUUGGUGUUGUUGUUUGGGACUUCUAUGAUAAAUACUCUUGGGUGCCUGAGACUUUUGCUGGGGAGGGAGGUGCAACUCUUUUCAACGAUACCCUCGAGGCUAAACCGGCGUAUUAUGCUGUUGUUGAUGCGCUUAAAGGCAGGAAGUGCACUGUCUGCUAG